AUGAACGCACCUUCAUCCUCCGCCUGCGGAGGUGCACUGGCAUACCUUUCGGUGCAGGCUCGCGACAGCCUCAGUAGAGCCUCGGGCCCGGAGGAGGUCGCAAGGGGUUCGCGCACCUCUUCACAAGGAAACGUCAGCAACACCCUUAUCGCUGUCCCACCGUGCAUCCCAUAUUUCGUCUACAACGGUCGGCGUGUCAAGCUCAAGACCCAAUACUACGGCUUCGGCAUCGGGAGCAUGGCUGAAUGGUGUCGAAUAAGCAGCGUGCUCGGGUUGCCGGAGAGCGACUUGGGACCGACGAUCGCAGGCCCAAUAAUUCGAACGAUCAGGAAGCGUAUAGGCUUCAAACUCGAUAUCGCAUGCGGCCUCCUCGUGAAAGACACGCCUGAACCUCUACUCCAGGCUGCAGAGGAAGGCGCCGUAGAGUUCUAUGAAUGGGAGCAGUUGAACACAGAUCCUGACAGCCCCGAGUAUCUCGAGUUGAAGCUCAAACCCAGAGUUGGGGUGGAGGUUCUAGUGCUGUGCAGGGCCAAGAAUUACAAACUUAAACUGGACGAGGAAGAGAAGUUGCCUACGGAGGGGCAGCUCGGUUGGAUCAAGGAGUUGUUAGCAAAGGCUGAAAUCUAUAAUGAGCCGCGUUGGUGGGGCAAUUCCAAGCCUUUCACCGAAGUAGACUAA